CGCCGGCCAUCAAAGUCCCAGCCGGCCAGGCCUAUCAAUUGAUUACACCUGCCAAAAAUGGUUCAAGACGAUAUCCACUCAUCAGACGCCUCGAGCACCUCAUCGAUCGAUGAGUUGUUGCGCGAAGACAGCGAGGGCUGGGAGGAUGCUGAGCCUGAAGAGAAUGAAGACAUUCAAGUCAAGGACUUUUUCAGCGACAAGACCUUCCCCGACGCCGCUUCUAUGAUCAAAUAUGCUGCCGAACAACACAACUUUGAUUUCUUGAAGAUUGCAAAGGAUUUUGGUCUUGACUUUUUCGGUGCAAUCAAGCUUGUCAACUACAUUCGCAGCGAGGCCAAGAACGGCAACCAAAAGCCGGAUGUUUCGUCAAAAUCUCUGUUCGAGGACGACAAGUUCAUGCAACCCGUCUUAGAAGAUGAUGCCCUUCUUUUUUCUCUGGAUGAUGUUCUGGACUCUGAGGAUGCUGCUGGUCAGAAUCUUCCCAUCGGUUCUUCAGGUGACAAGACCUUCGAGCUUGAGGCUCAACUGGCUCGUCUGCAAGAGCAAUUUGCUGAGUACAAGUUGACCGUUGAGAAGACUUUGGACGAUCGCUGGAAUGAGCCUGCCAAAGAGGGUGAGGCUGGAUCAAGCAAGACCAAGAACGAGAACCACCAGGACCCUGGCUACUUUGACUCAUACUCUUACAACGACAUUCACCAGACUAUGCUCCAGGACACUGUCCGCACAGAUGCUUACAGAGAUUUUAUCUACGCCAACAAGCACCUUUUCGCUGGCAAGACUGUUCUCGAUGUCGGAUGUGGUACUGGUAUCCUGUCUCUCUUCUGCGCCAAGGCCGGUGCUGCCCGCGUCAUCGCUGUGGACAACUCCGAGAUCAUUAACAAGGCCCGCGCCAACAUUGCUAUGAACGGUCAGUCAAAGGUCAUCACCUGUGUUAGAGGCAAGAUUGAGGAGAUCCAACUCCCCGAUGGCAUUGAGAAGGUCGAUAUCAUUGUCAGCGAAUGGAUGGGCUACUGUCUCUUGUACGAAGCCAUGCUUGACUCCGUUCUUUAUGCCAGAGAUAGAUACCUUAAGCCUGAUGGUUUGAUGGUUCCUAGUCACUGCACCAUGCACCUUGCUCCUCUUGCCGACCAGGACUGGAUCUCAGAGAACAUCACUUUCUGGAGGGAUGUGUACGGCUUCGACAUGACUUCCAUGAUGGAGAAGAUCUACGAAGACACAUUGGUUCGCUACCCCAACAAAGACACUAUUGUCGGAAGAUCAACAGACGAGCUCCCCUUCAAGGUGCUCGAUCUCCACACCGUCACAGUCGCCGAUCUCGACUUCAGCUCAGACGUCAGCUUCACCCUCAACAAGGACAUCGACAACCUCGACGGCUUCUGCACCUGGUUUGACACACUCUUCCUGCAGUCUCGCAAGGAUGAGAUCCCCACUGGUAUGCUCCGUGGCGUCAAGCCUCCCAAGUCCGACGAGGACAAGACCGUCUUCUUCACAACCAGCCCCUUCGGUCCUGAGACUCAUUGGCGUUGCGGUGUCUUGAUGAUCGACGCAACCGAAAAGGACGAUCAAGCUUUGAGGCAAGGAACUGUCAUCUCAGGAAAUGUUACAUUCAAGAAGAACAAGGAUGCCAAGCGCAAUUUGAACAUCUCGAUGGACUGGGAGAUUAAGGGUGCUGAGACCAAGGAUAAGCAGCUUUGGUACAUGAGAUAGAAUGAUGUUACUAUAUACAGAAAUCUGUAGAUAUGAUAAAAGUGAUAUUCUUUUUUUUUU